GUUUCCUGAAAGUCACAGAAGGUUUUCCGUCACGCUUGGAAAGGGAAGGGACCAUCUUAAGGAACGCCCAUCUUUCCAUCGUCCAAUCAGAUCUGAGGAAGCAGAAAGCACUUCCGGGCCAGUUUUUCAGUGUACAACCGAUCAGCUGACUCACACAGCCAUGCGGUUCCGUUUCUGUGGUGAUUUGGACUGCCCAGACUGGGUACUUGCCGAAAUCAGCACAUUAGCAAAAAUUUCAAGUGUCAAAAUGAAACUCCUCUGUGCUCAAGUGCUGAAGGAUUUGCUCGGGGAUGACAUUGAUUAUGACAAGGUUACAAAGCUUACUGCAGAUGCAAAGUUUGAGAGCGGAGACAUCAAAGCUAGUGUGGCAGUGCUCAGCUUCAUUUUCUCCAGUGCAGCCAAACAUGAUGUUGACAGUGAAUCUCUGUCCAGUGAGCUGCAGCAGCUCGGUCUGCCUAAAGAACACACAACAGGGCUCUGCAAAUCAUAUGAAGACAAGCAUUCCGCGCUGCAAGGCAAACUAAGAGAGACGAGUCUGCGAUUGGGAAGACUGGAGGCCGUGUCUUGGCGUAUCGACUACACACUGAGUUCCAGUGAGCUGAAGGAAGUGAAUGAACCGCUGAUUCAGCUUAAACUGCAAGCACAAGGAGCCGAGUCAGGCUCAACAGAGACGACUGUUGUUUCUGUUUCUGCCAACAAGUUCAGAGUCUUGCUUGCAGAACUCAAACAAGCCCAGGCUAGGAUGAAUGCACUACAAUGAGGAGUAGACAAUGAAGUCCGACCUCAAUGUCGGUUCAAGAGCCAGACACAAAUUUCGCUGAUAGGCUGCCAAAAGUGCCAGACUUACAUCUUGUACAGUAUAAUUAUUUUAAUAUGAAUUAAGUAAUCUCAAAGGUCUUGUGAAUGACUUAUUCCCUCUUUGUAUUGACUGAUAGUUACUUGUAUUUUUCUACCACAUUAGUCAUAAUUAGUACACAUGUUUACAGCAAGAACACUGAAUGGAACAUUUUUGUAAAAUGUUGUAUAUUGAUUCUCACAUUUUGAUUUGAAUUAUAUUCAUACUUUGUGUUUUAGCCUACCUUAUGCUCAUAAAUAUCAAAAUAAAAUGUGAAAUACA